UCUACCCCGCCCUCCGUUAGGGCCAGGACGAGGCAGGCCCGGUGGCCAGGAGGGCAGCACCAUCCGCCCCGCGCUAUCGCGCCGCAGCUCGCCCGUCGGUGUUUUUACCUACCCGCUAGGAGCCGCGAUGGAAGCGGUGCAGGCAGCGGGGGGGCGGCAGAGGAGCGCGACAGAGGCCUCGGUCGUGAGAGGAGAAAAUGGCGUCUGCAAAACCCCCGCCUUGUGCUCCGUGCUCAACGCCAGGGAGGAGGGGGACGUGGAGAACUCUCGCGAUGCUUAAAAGCGCGCGCGACGCGCGCCUCCUAUUGGCUGCUGGGGCGCGCGGGGUUUUCGGGAGCUACGCGCGCGGAGCAGCCGGGCCCUCUGGCCCUUGGAAAGCGCGGCGGUGCCACCGCUGCCGGCCCGCCGUGCCUGACUGCUCGCCCCGGUAAUUCCUUCUCUUAAUUUAAAAGAAAAUGUCUACACCUAACAUUGCAGCAAGAGUGGAAGCUUGGCUUUCAUCCACAUGGCAUGUUAAAGUUCCUUUGACAUGGCUGGAAGCAUGUAUCGGUUGGAUCCAGGAGGAAAGUAGUGGUAAUAGCUUAAGUCAGGCUCAGAUUAACAGGCAGGUGUUUGAGCAGUGGCUUCUGACUGAUCUGAGAGAUUUGGAAUAUCCGAUUUUGCCUGACUGCAUCUUAGAUGCUCCCAAAGGCCAGUUGUCAGGCUUCUACUCCAUACAGGUCGAUUCACUGGUUGAUGUUAGCCAGCCAGCAUAUUCCCAAUUGCAGAAGCUGAGGGGGAAAAGUACUGUAAAUGAAGAAGUAACAGCCAAUACUCAGGCAUUUCAGAAGCCCUGGGAAGCAAAGCCUACUCGAAUGCUGAUGCUGCAACUAACUGAUGGAAUACAUCAAAUUCAGGGCAUGGAGUAUCAACCAGUGCCUGUCCUCCAUAGUAAUCUUCCCCCUGGAACAAAAAUCACUGUACAGGGUAAUAUUACAUAUCGUCUUGGAGUCCUUCUCCUUAAACCAGAAAAUGUGAAGCUGUUGGGAGGUGAGGUGGAUGCUCUUCUGGAGGAGUAUUCUCAGGAAAGAGUCCUUGCUAGAUUAAUCGGAGAAGCUGAAAACCCUAAUUUUGUUGGACAAACUGGUCAUAACCAAAUUGUUUCAAGGCCUGUGGGUGAAUUAGAACAAACUGUAGGCCCUUCAGAUGAGGAGCUUUUAGCCAGUCUUGAUGAAAAUAAUGAAUUAUCUUUAAACAACGGAACAUCUUUAGAAAGCGGAUACUGCAGUAGAACCAAUGAUUUUAGUGGAACCUCUGGUUCACUGACUGCACACAAUGAAAAUGUUUUGCUGCAACAAUCUGGAAAUCCUUUUCCUCAUUCAGAUGAACAGCUUUCACCUCCUGUAGAAUAUGUUGAUGAAUUUUUAAAUGACUUUCCUUUAGAAGAUGACUUCAUUCUGGAAGAAGAGAUGCAAAGAGAGCUGGAAGAAGUGUCACCAGUGAUCAUGAACAGAAACAUAUAUUUAAUUACUGAGAGAGUUCCACAUAUAUCUAGAAGCUCCUGCAAUUCAUCUUUAAAUGGCACUUGUGAAAAAGAUGAUGUGAAUGAAGUAGGUAAGCCUGCAGAAGCUCCCAGCAAGCAAAACAGUUUUGGAAGAACGGUAUUUGAUGGAGAUGGAAAUAGCAUGAGUGGCUUUUCACAGCACAAGAGCAUACAUCAGAUCUGCAAUUCUGCAGAUUUUUCUUUGGAAAAUCCUCCUGAAGAAAGACAGAAUGAUACAGAUCUAGAUGUGAGGAGCUGUACAUCCCAUCACACUUCUGAGAGCAGGCUGUUGAAUGAUGACCCUGUAUUUUUGUCGAAUAUGGAUCCAGAAGCAGAAGAGCAGAAGCAUGAUUCACAGACCUUUCCUUGUCCAUCAGUAGAGGCACAUUCAGUUUUAGAUUCUCCACCUUUCACAUAUAUUUGUCUUCUCCUUGCAAAAAACCCAGAAACUGUUACAAUUCUGAAAUUUAAGUGUUUUAUUGUUACUCUUACAGGAAACCUCACAAGCAGCAAUGGGUCCUGGGGUAUAAAGGCAAAAAUUUCUGAUGGUUCAGCCUAUCUUGAAGUAGAUUUUGCUGAUGAUAUUCUAACCAAUUUGAUUGGCUUUUCAGUGCCUGAAAUGCGUAGACUGAAAAAGGAUCCAGCUUUACAUCUGAAGAUUAAGGAUGGUUUAGAGAAAUGUCAAAAACAACUGAUAGAUCUGUGUUGUUUGAUGACUAUAGAGUUUGACCCGCAUCAGUCUAAAGCCACAGUAUUAAGUCUUCAGGAUGCUGAUGGAAGGCAUUUAGAACAAUUGAAGAAACGUUUGAAUAAAUAAAGUGUGCAAACUUUCUGACUGUAUGUUGGCAAAUAUUUUAAGUCAAAUUACUCCCGAAGGACUGUUUAAAGUUAAUUUUUAAAGUUGUCGUAUGUCUUUUAUCAGGAAAAAGAGUGGAAAAGUAAGACAAGGAGGUGAUUUGUUGGAACACAAUUUAGCAAUUUGUUUCUUAUGCUGACAGCAUUGAAAUAAGCUUUCCAGUGUUUUCACCUUAAAAUACUCAUGUUUUAUUUUCAUUCUGCAAAAUCCUCAGUGUCCUUGACUGGUAUCUGGAGUAGCAGAUUUUGUCAGGAAAUAGAUAACAACAAACCAAGCAUCUCAUUAUUUUACUUUUUCAAGGAUGGUUACUUACCUAAUUUUUGAAGGGUAGCUAUAGGAGACUAGUAGUUUUUUCUUGGAGGAAAGCAGUUGAGUAAAUUUAAACAAAGAAUUAUUGUUUAAAGAUAGUAAUUUCUGACUGUGCCAGUAUGAAAGCUUGAAUACAUAUUCAAUGUGCAAGAAUCUGAGGGUCUAGAUCUUCUAAAUGUUCAGGGGAUACACACAACCCUAUACAUGUAGCCCAUGUGCUGAAAUAAGAAGCUGAAUAUUUAAAAACCAAAACAAAACCACAAAAAAGCCCAAAUAUUUUGAAAUAUUGAUAGAAAAAAAUGAUUAUAACAUAUGGGGAAUCUUUUUUUUUUGUCCUGUUAACGUUAGACAUUGCUAAUAGUUUUGAACCCACAGGAAAGCUUAUUCAUUAACUCUUACGAUUACUUGUCUAACCUUUUCACCGAAUAGUCAAAUACUUCUGCUGUGAACGUGUUGUGUAUUUAUAUUUAAUGU